AUGAUCUCAAUAAAUCAGUUUUUGGAGAUACUACGAAUUUCAAUUACUCAUUUAUUUCAACAAAUUCAUUCGAGUAUUCAUUAUACCAUACCUAAAUUUCAAUUGAGAAUUGAUAGCAUGAGCAGUCAAAAUAAUAAUUUGGAGGCAAACAAUGGUAUUACAAGAUUAUCACUACUUGACCCGUCACUGUCAUUGACUUCAACUUUGCUCCUGAAUCCAACUGGCUCUAGGAUGCCAAUUAAUGAGCCAUUGCCCAAUUUCCUGUUUGACCCGACACAAGAUGAAAAUUUGGCCAAUGUUUCCAUCUUCAUACUCAUUAUAUCAAUGCUCAUAUAUGGUGUAUACUCAAUUUUUUAUCUGAUGACAAUAAAAAGAGACAAAGCCACCAAGAAAAUUACUGUUGAAGAACUUGUUGCCAACGAUUCGAUUUCUCCUUUACCUUCUGCAUCGCAUUCAGAGUCACCUUUGGGAUCACCACUACGACCUUCCACACCAAUAUCACUAUUUCGUACAUCCCACUGUUUCUUUAACACUCUUCCUUUAGUCUCAUCUUCCUCCUCAUCUUCUUCUUCACCAUUAUCGCCAGCAACACAUUUCCGCCCCAUACUACCCCCUUCACUUUCUUCCACAAGUAGUAGACCUUCAGGAUCUCCAACAACAAGUAGUGGCAGCACACAUUCAACUUCAUUCAAUACAUAUACUGAGUCGACAUCAAAUUUCAAUUUCGGUUUCGAUAUAGUUGGCAACACGGCGGCGGAACGGUUAAUGAAUUUGAGUAAAAGUUUGUCAUAUAAGCAUGGAAAUCUACAUUAUAUCAGCGAUGAGCAUACCAUCGAAGAGGAUGAAGAAAAUGAAGUGAACGAAGUAGAUGAAAUGGAUCCAGUCAAAAACUCAAUCAAAGGAGAUGAUGGUGAUGAUGAUGAUGAUGACAACAAGAAACAUGAGACAAGUCACACUCAUGAAGUUGGCUCAGAUUCAGAAACAUGGGACGAGUCAAACAUUGCUCAAGAAGAAGACGAUUUACUAAUCCCGUUGAAGAACAAUUUUACACCAUUAGUUGAGAAACUGACAUGCGGACUCAUCAAGACUGAUUUUAUGUCUUUACCUCAUGAUGAUGAUGAUGAUGAUGAUGAUGACAACAAGAAACAUGAGACAAGUCACACUCAUGAAGUUGGCUCAAAUUCAGAAACAUGGGACGAGUCAAACAUUGCUCAAGAAGAAGACAAUUUACUAACUCCUGUAAACGACAAUUUACUAACCCCUGUAAACAACAAUUUACUAACCCCGUUGAAGAACGAUUUUACACCAUUAGUUGAGAAACUGACAUGCGGACUCAUCAAGACUGAUUUUAUGUCUUUACCUCAUGAUGAUGAUUCGGUGAUCAAACUGGGGUCACUAACAGCAGUUAGUGAAAACCAAAAUGAUGAUGGCUUGCAUAUGUUGAAAAAACAGUUUGAAACAGAGGGUAAUUUGGGAAGAAAAAGACAAGAUUAUCGAAUAACUCAGCCUGUUUAUACUGAAUAUUAA